AUGUGGCUUGUCCACAGACCUCUAUUCUUCAGCCGAUUCAUAUUUACCAUCGUGUCUUGUCCCCAGAUCUGUAUUCUUCAGCCGAUUCAUAUUUACCAAUGUGGCUUGUCCACAGACCUUUAUUCUUCAGGUGGUUCAUAUUUACCAAGGCUGCUUGUCCCAAGAUCUGUAUUCUGUAGCUGGCGCAUAUUUAUCAUUGUUGCUUGUCCCCAGACCUGCUUUCUUCAGCUGACUCAUAUUUACCAUCGUGUCUUGUCCACAGAACUAUAUUUUUCAGCUGGUUCAUAUUUACCAUCGUGGCUUGUCCUCAGACAUGUAUUCUUCAAUUGGUUCAUAUUUACCAUUGUGGCUUCUCUCCAGACCUGUAUUCUUCAGUUGGCUAAUAUUUGCCAACAUGGCUUGUCCAUGUCCUGUAUUCUUCACCCGGCUCAUAUUUACCAACGUUUCUUGUCCCUAGACCUGCAUUAA